AUGGAUUCCGACGAGUUUGAUGACGAUAUCGCCGAUGAGGACAUUCUCGCUGCCUUUGAUCAAGUGUCUUCAUCUAAUGGAGGGAAGCUUGUGUCUACAUCAUCUUCGAAUGGCUCUAAGAACAACACCGGUAACCCGAAUAAGCAGCAGUGGGCAGCACAGGAGCUGAAUGAUUUGCCCUCAGAUGCCUUCUCUUCACCAGAGCCUGUGAGACAGACUGCCAGGGGUCCAACAAAGCCUGUGGUGGCGGCUCGCACUGGCUUCAGCCGCACGAAUUCUGGAACUUUGCGACAAACCACGUUAUGGGGUGGCCAAGCGGCGACGGAAGAUGCCCCUCGCCCAUCUCAGACCACGACUACCAGGGUCUAUCGCGCUGAUCUGCCCCCUGAACCUCCUAGCCCUCAUCAGCUCGAUAGAGAGGCAUUGAAGACUUGGGUGUAUCCAACAAAUCUGGGGCCAACUCGAGACUAUCAGUUCAGUAUUGUUAGAAACAGCCUGUUCAAUAAUACACUGGUAGCGUUGCCGACUGGUCUGGGGAAGACGUUUAUCGCUGCUACGGUGAUGCUCAACUUUUACCGCUGGACGAAGACAGCCAAAAUCGUUUUUGUGGCGCCGACAAAGCCGCUUGUAACGCAGCAGAUAGAUGCUUGUUACAACAUUGCGGGAAUACCUCGAUCAGAGACCACACUCCUUACCGGUGACAUUGCUCCUGCUCUGCGGAGUGACGAGUGGGAAAAGAGACGAGUCUUCUUCAUGACACCACAAACGCUCCUGAAUGAUCUCUCUCAUGGGUAUGCAGACCCAAAGAGUAUUGGUCUCAUGGUCAUUGACGAAGCGCAUCGCGCUGUGGGCGAAUAUGCGUAUGCUAAAGCUACUAAGCUCAUUCGCCGAUUUUCCAACAGUUUUCGGGUCCUGGCUCUGACGGCUACGCCAGGCUCGAAAGUUGAGACGGUGCAAGAGGUCAUUGACAAUCUGGGGAUUUCUCACUGCGAAAUCCGAACCGAGGAGUCCCUUGACAUUCGGCAGUAUGUGCACCAGCGGAAUAUCGACCAGAUAGUCCUCGACCCUUCAGACGAGAUGAACCUCAUCAGUGAGCUCUUCACUGAAGCUCUCAAGCCGUUGACGGAGAAACUUAGCUCCCAAAAUAUAUGGUAUGGGCGGAACCCGAUGGCUCUGACAACAUAUGGCUUGAUUCAGGCACAGAAGGAGUGGUUUGCUACGCGUGGGAAUCGCGCGAACCAAGGCGUCCAGUUCAUGAUGCGGGCAAUAUUCAGCGUGCUGACGAGUCUUGCUCAUUCGAUCAAACUAUUGCAGUUUCAUGGCAUCAAACCUUUCUACGAUAACAUGGUCGACUUCCGCAGCGAACAAGAAGACAAAGGCGAGAAGGGGUCCAAGUACAGACGCCAAAUCAUCGAUAGUGCCAGUUUUCAAGAAAUGAUGGAUAAAAUUGCUGGGUGGCUCAAGCUGGACGGCUUUGUGGGACACCCAAAGCUCACAGCCUUGGCUGAUUGUGUCUUGAAUCAUUUCAUGGAUAACGGGGAGGGGACUCGAGUGAUAGUAUUCAGCGAGUAUCGUGAUUCCGCUGAAGAAAUCGUGCGCAUGUUCAACACCCAUCGACCACUCAUCAAAGCUACCGUCUUUGUUGGGCAGGCAGAUGGCAAGCGCGGCGAGGGUAUGAAGCAGAAGCAGCAAAUAGACACGAUUGAAAAGUUCAAGACCGGCGCCUUCAACGUCCUCGUUGCCACGUCCAUUGGAGAAGAAGGCUUGGACAUUGGCCAGGUUGAUCUUAUUGUCUGCUAUGACUCUUCAGCUUCUCCAAUUCGCAUGCUACAGCGCAUGGGCAGAACGGGAAGAAAACGAGCAGGUAACAUUGCGCUGCUCCUGAUGAGGGGCAAAGAGGAGGACCAAUUUGCCAAGUCGAAGGAUAACUACGAAAAGAUGCAAAAGCUCAUUUGCGAAGGAAGCCGGUUCAAUUUUCGGUUUGAUCUCUCCACGCGCAUUGUGCCCCGAGACAUACGGCCCGAAGUGGACAUGCGGCAUGUUGAGAUUCCGGUUGAGAAUACUCAAGAUAAGUCGUUACCAGAACCCAAGAAACGACAGGUUCCCAAGGGUAAAAAGAAACCACCCAAGAAAUUCCAUAUGCCGGAUGGAGUCCAGACUGGGUUUCUAAAAGUCAGUGAUUUUAUGAAGGUCUCGACAAACCCGGGAGAGCGUGCGUCCAAGUCGAGUUCAAAGCCAAAGCGAAACCCUGAACUAGAUGAUGUGAUAGCGAUUCCUGAAUUGGAACGUGUUGUUCUUGGCUCGGAUGAGCUUUACGAGCUCGAGCGAACGUACCGGAAUCUACCAUUCAACCGUAGCAUGUUGGACGAAAGUGAUUUGCCGAGUAUGGAAGCUCAUCCAACGCUGCAGCGACAGCUACGCCCGACAGCCUUCGUCCCUCACGGGAGUUAUACAAAAGGCUGUGUCAAGCUGCUGCAAAAGCUGGGGAAGGCUGAUAGCCUUGUGAGACCCUGCCGAGACGUGGACACGAGCGAUUAUCUUGAAAUUCCAGUAAAGCCAUUUGUGUAUUCUGAUAAUGGCGAGACAGAUGCGAGCGAUGAUCAAGCUGUAGCAGACGGCAAAAAGCGACAAGCCAUUGAAGUCGAAUCAGAUGAUGACUCCUUGGUAUUCGAGGUCCAGCAGCCGAAGAGGAGAAAGGUCUCGACCAUGAAGACUCAGCCGAAAAAGACUCAACCCAAAAAGAUCUCACAGCCUGCUGCUCGGCGUGUAUUGGAGCCGGAAGACGAAGAUUUGUUUGACUCUGAUCUUGACAUGGACAUUGAAGAGGAGGAGCCUGGGCUGCCUCCCCGACUUAGCGAAGCUAAAAGACAGAAAAGGCUGAAUGCCAAGUCAAAAGGAAAAUAUUCACGGAAAGCUGCCAUUGGCAGUGAUGAGAUUGGAGAUGAUUGCGAAAGGGAUAGCGAUCUGCUUGACGAGAGCGACUCAGAUGACGGAGCUGACUUGGUGGACUUUGUCGUUGGGGACGACCAAGCAACAUCCAGCAUGCUUGAUUCCCAAGCGACGUCUCCUAUUAAGCCCAAUGAACGGACGCCGCGAGCAGGGACAAGCAAACCCUAUUUUGUGCCAACUCAGUUCACGGCAACCCAAGAAAGCGAUGGAGUUCCAGAAUUGAAUGCGCUUGCUGGCCCGUCUAGGAUGCAAGGACGAGCGAAAGAAGCGUCUGAAGAGGCGGCACCAACUAAGAGGAGGCGACGCGUAAGACCGGCGUUGCUGGACAGUGACGAUAGUGAUGUUUAA